AUAAUAAUAUGGGUAUAACCAAAAAAUAUGUGGUCGAGAUCGAAAAGGCAAAAGAAGCAAACGGGACUAGGCCAUCUGUUGGUCCAGUUUACCGCAAUGUGCUAGCAAAACAUGGAUUCCGACCAAUUACUAAUGGCCUCAAUAGUUGCUGGGAUGUUUUCCGUUCAUCAGUGGAGAAACAUCCUAAUAAUCCCAUGCUUGGUGAAAGAGAGAUGAUUAUUCAUCAUCAUCAUCAUCAUGCCAACAAGGAGCAGGUUGAGGCCGAGGCAGCAGCAGCUGGUAAAUAUGUGUGGUUAACUUACAAGCAAGUUUAUGAUACCGUCUUGAACCUUGCAGAUUCUAUGCUCACCCGUGGAGGAGUUACCAAAGGUGCACGAUGUGGAAUAUAUGGGAUUAAUUGCACUAAAUGGGUUCUAACCAUGCAGGCCUGCAAUGCUCUUGCCCUUCAUUGUGUCCCUUUGUAUGACACUCUAGGUGCUGGUGCAGUGAAAUACAUAAUAUGUCAUGCCGAAGUCUCUAUUGUAUUUGCACAAGAAACCAAAAUUUCCGAGGUACUAAAAACGUUUCCUGAUACCGGCAAGUACUUGAAAACUCUUGUGAGCUUUGGCACAAUUACAAAUGAGCAGAAGCUUGUGGCUGAAAAAUGUGGUUUGGAAGUCUUCUCUUGGGAAGAAUUCUUGCAUCUGGAAACCAAUAAGGAGCGAGACAUAGUUAACAAUGACCAGCUGCCAUUGAAGAUGAGAAGUGACAUCUGCACAAUCAUGUACACUAGUGGAACCACUGGCGAACCAAAGGGAGUAGUAAUAACCAAUGAAAGCAUUCUUUCCAUUUUGUCUGGCGUACAUCACCACCUUGAGAGCAUGAGUGAAGAGUUCCGUGUGAGCGAUGUAUUUUUUUCAUAUCUACCUUUAGCCCACAUUUUUGAUCGGGUGAUUGAGGAAUUAUUCAUUUCCACCGGUGCCUCAAUAGGAUUUUGGCGUGGGGACAUCAAGUUAUUGAUUGAUGAUCUCAAAGAGCUAAAGCCAACUGUCUUCUGUGCCGUUCCCCGUGUGCUGGACAGAAUCUAUUCAGGUUUGGUAGAGAAGAUCUCUUCAAGCGGUUUUCUCAAGCAAAGUUUGUUUAACAUUGCGUACACAUACAAACUGCAUAACAUGGGUAAAGGUUACAAACAUGAAGAGGCAGCGCCAACUUUUGACAAGAUUAUUUUUAGUAAGGUGAAAGAAGGUCUAGGAGGGAACAUGCGACUUAUUCUAUCUGGAGCAGCACCUCUUUCUACUUCUGUGGAAACGUUUUUAAGAGUAGUAACAUGUGCUCACGUUCUUCAAGGAUAUGGUUUAACUGAAACCUGUGCGGGGUCAUUUGUUGCUCAACCAAAUGAAAUAUCAAUGACUGGUACGGUGGGACCUCCAUUGCCAAAUGUGGAUGUAUGUUUAAUUUCGGUCCCUGAAAUGGGAUACGAUGCCCUGGCCGGUGCUCCAAGAGGAGAGAUAUUGCUACGUGGAAAUUCCUUGUUUUCAGGAUACUAUAAGCGUGAAGAUCUCACCAAAGAGGCGUUUGUAGAUGGAUGGUUCCACACAGGGGAUAUUGGUGAGUGGCAACCAGAUGGAAGCAUGAAAAUCAUUGACCGAAAGAAGAAUAUUUUUAAGCUUUCCCAGGGAGAGUAUGUCUCUGUUGAGAAUUUGGAAGCCAUAUUCUCCCUUGUUUCUUGUAUUGAUACGAUAUGGAUAUAUGGCAACAGCUUUGAGUCCUUCCUUGUAGCAGUUGUUAACCCCAACAAAGAAUCACUUGAAUGUUGGGCAACAGAAAACGGAGUGCCUGGUGAUUUUUGUAGCAUCUGCGAGAAUCCCAAGACAAAUGCAUAUAUUCUUCAACAGCUAACUAAUAUUGCUAAAGAGAAGAAGUUAAAAGGGUUUGAAUUCAUUAAAGCUGUUCAUGUUGACCCCAUACCCUUUGACAUGGAUCGUGAUCUGCUCACUCCAACAUUCAAGAAGAAGAGAGCCCAGCUCCUUAAAUAUUACCAGAAAGUGGUGGAUGGUAUGUAUAAAAGCAGGAGAUAGUCGAGAUGCAUGAUUGGGCUGAAGUCAAUAUAUCAACACCAUUUCCAAAUUAAUUAAUGUCCCAUUUAUGUUCUUUGACAUGAACUUCAUGAAAUGAUGAUUAUAUAUUAUAAUGAUAAGCAAAAGUUUGUUGUCGAUCAA